ACGGUCUUACUAAAGGUGCCGGCGUAAACAAAGCAAUUAAAUUUGGUUAAAUUAUUUGAACUUAUUAAAAAACAUGAAGCAAAAGGAUCUGAAACGUGCUUACAAUAAUGUCCUGGCUCAGGCUAUAUCCACCUCUCAUCAGCACCUAUUUGCGGGCAAUCUGUUUGGCGACAUCUUUGUGCUCAGGAUCAAGGAAUUGGACAAGGGUUCCGAGGAGCCACCGGGCAAACUGAAGAUCUUCCCGCAGGGUAGCGAUGUGGACAUCAAUUACCUGUCCUUUCAUCGUGAUUUCCUGAUAGUGGGUGCUGUGGGUCUUAUUUACGGAUUAAAAUGGAACGAGGAGGAGGAGUCACUGGCCACCAAACGCUCCUGGGAGGUGAAAAUACCCAUGCAGGUGGAUGCCGUCGAAGUGCCAGAUGUAAACUCAAUGUGGUUGGACUCGGAAAACAGCAUCAUAUAUGCUGGCUGCGGUGAUGGGGUCAUCUACCAAGUGAGUUUGGAAGAUGGACGCGUGCAGCGGGAAUACCGUGGACACACGGACUACGUGCACAGUGUGGUGGGCAAUUCCACCGGACAAAUCUUCUCCGGCGCCGAGGAUGGCACUGUACGAGUGUGGAGCACCAAGCAGCAGGAGCAAACUUCUAUGCUGGAGCCGUACAAAAACCCGGAUCUAUUGCGACCGGAUUGGGGCAAAUGGAUAGGAGCAGUGGCUGUCAACGAGGAUUGGCUGCUCUGCGGCGGUGGACCCAAGGCAUCCAUUUACCAUCUACGUUCUCUGGAGUGCACCCGCGUCUUUGACUUUCCCGGACGCGUGCAUCUGUGUGAUUUUGUGGACGACUGUGUUUUGAUUGGCGGCGAGCACAACCAUGUGCAGUCCUAUACUUUAAGUGGAGAUCUGCAGGCCAAUAUUCCUGUGGAGCACACCGCCUGCUACUCCGCAGUUUGGCAGACAUCGCCCAUUAAAGUCAUGUCCAUUGCCGGCUUCAGCAACAAGCUGCACAUCCUCAAGGACUUUCGUUUCCUGGACAGCAAGAUUGAACUGUACGGCAAUGUGGAGGGGGAUGAAAACGAUCCGGAGGAGGACGACGAACUGAUCGAGGAACCACUGACAGUUGAAGCUGCCUGAAGGUUUAAUAAAUUUGUUUCUACUAUGUA